GGAGGAUUAUUUACGCUCACGGCAGCGCGAUGCCCUCUCUGUCUUGCUGCGCUAGACGUCCUUGUAGAGUAUGGCUAAGUCGCCAGUUCAGCGACGGCGUUCAACGAUGCUUCAUGUCAUCGGCGACAAACGCUGGGGCACUUCGAACGGCUUCAGCGAUGAUGCGCCCUAUCCUCAAUUAUCGUGAUAUUUCAGAAAAUGUGGUCUACAAAAUGUCCAAUGCCGUGAACCGCAAAUCUCCAAUUACCCCCCUCGCCAUCCAGUCUGUCGUCCGCGAUUACAAAUCACUGAAAGACUUAUCCUCUUCACUCAAUGCCAAAAGAAACACCCGUUCUAUGAUUGGCGACAGAAUAAAGAAGUUUGGUCAGGAAAAGAACCAGGAGGCUUUAAUUGCCUGUUUGGAGGAGGCAAAGACGUUGAAGGAGGAGAUAUCGCAGCUCGAGAAGACUGUCUCGGAACUGGAACAAAGCCUCCUUGACAAAGCCCUUCUCAUACCCAACGACACACAUCCGAAUUCGCCACUAGGCCCCGAAUCCUCUGCCAUUACACUUUCAUCUCACGGCCCUAGUCCUGGACUUGCAUCACCACACCGAGACCACUAUACGAUAUCUCAGAGUCUUGGGCUCGUUGACUUUGAAAAUGCUGCGAUUGUGACCGGUGCAUCCUGGUAUUACUUGAAACACGAAGCCGCACUUUUGGAGUUGGCACUAACGAACUAUGCAAUGUCCAUAGCCAUGAAACAAGGGUUUGUGCCUAUCAUGACACCGGACGUCGUAAAAGGCGAUGUAGCAAAACGAUGUGGAUUCCAACCUCGGGACGAAUCAGAUCCCCUCAAGUCGCAGGUUUAUCAUGUCGACUCCCAUCUUUCCACCUCUUCACAGAGACUCGUACUUUCUGGAACAUCAGAAAUACCGCUUGCUGGUCUCUGUGCUAAUCAGCUAUACCCCAAAUUAUCUUUACCGUUGAAGAUGGUCGGACUUGGACACGCUUUUCGCUCAGAGGCUGGCGCACGAGGUGCCGACACAAGGGGACUGUAUCGGGUACAUCAGUUCACCAAGGUGGAAUUGUUCGCAAUCACUACGGAGACGGAAAGUGAUAAGAUGAUGGAAGACAUGAAAAAUCUACAGAUAGCUAUCUUUGAUGGCCUGGGAAUACCUUUCAGGGUCCUCGAUAUGCCAACGGAAGAACUGGGUGCCAGCGCAUAUAGGAAAUAUGACAUCGAGGCAUGGAUGCCUGGUCGUGGCAAUUGGGGUGAAAUAUCUUCACUAUCAAAUUGCACAGACUAUCAGGCUCGCCGGCUAUCGAUCAAAUAUCAGCGACCUAUCGUGAAUCAGCAGGGUACUGCAACACACGAAAAUGUUUAUGUGCAUACACUGAAUGGUACCGCUGCGGCUAUCCCUCGUCUAAUUGUUGCGCUUCUGGAAAACGGCGCCACAUUCGAUGAAAAUAGUCAACUCACAGGUCUGACGCUACCAGAUGUUCUUCGCCCCUUCUGGCUCGGUCAGCCCCACCAACGAAAUAUCAUUCAAUGGGUCUAGUGGGUUUGAGACAGAGAUGUGGAUAGCAAGGCUUCAUUCAUACAUUGCAUAUUGAUAUAAAUAAUAGUACAC